UGGCGCUCUGGCACGCUUGCGCGGCGAGUAGAACGUGUGGCGGCGGCGGAGAUCGCGUCUCCUCUUUUGCUCUCAGUCCCGCUGCUGCUCUAGUGUGCGUGCGCCUGGCGCUUCCAUCCAGUCCACCGUCGGGUACCCUGUCGCCUGUCUGCUCCUCGUCGCCUCAGCCUCUCACCAGCGCCGACACCCAUUCUGACACCUCCAGUCCGGCCGGCCGCCCCACUCGCUGCCCUUCCAGCUCCACACAUGGCCUCCUCCGCGCAGAGCGGCGGCUCCUCCGGGGGACCCGCGGUCCCCACCGUGCAGCGGGGCAUCGUCAAGAUGGUCCUCUCUGGGUGUGCUAUCAUUGUCCGUGGGCAGCCCCGUGGUGGUCCUCCUCCUGAGAGGCAGAUCAACCUCAGCAACAUCCGUGCUGGAAAUCUCGCUCGGCGGGCGGCUGCCACACAACCAGAUGGGAAAGAUACACCGGAUGAGCCUUGGGCAUUUCCUGCUCGAGAAUUCCUUCGCAAGAAGCUGAUUGGGAAGGAAGUCUGUUUCACGAUAGAAAACAAGACUCCCCAGGGACGAGAGUAUGGGAUGAUCUACCUUGGAAAAGAUACUAACGGGGAAAACAUUGCAGAGUCACUAGUUGCAGAAGGCUUGGCCACCCGGAGAGAAGGCAUGAGAGCCAAUAAAGGACCAAGUACCACGAAAAGCAGCUUUGUCUUUGUGUUCUCUCGGCGCUGGCACUGCAUUCGAAAACGGUCGAGCGUGAAUCAACUGAAGCUGCUCCUUGAAGGAAGGCUUUGGGAGAGCAGACAGCUUGUGUGGACUCGGUGCGAGCUGCCCUUGCAGUUUAAAACCAACCGGGGUGGCAGAAAAGCUGAGGGCAAAGCUGAGAGGUUUGCCAAGGAGCGCAGGCUGAGAAUAUGGAGAGACUAUGUGGCUCCUACUGCUAAUUUGGACCAAAAGGACAAGCAGUUUGUUGCCAAGGUAAUGCAGGUAUUGAAUGCUGAUGCCAUUGUUGUGAAGCUGAAUUCUGGAGUCUACAAGACCAUCCACCUGUCGAGCAUCCGACCACCAAGGUUGGAGGGAGACAACGUACAGGAUAAGAACAAGAAGCUGCGUCCUCUAUAUGACAUUCCCUACAUGUUUGAGGCCCGGGAAUUUCUUCGAAAAAAACUCAUUGGGAAGAAGGUCAAUGUGACUGUGGACUACAUUAGACCAGCCAGCCCAGCCACAGAAACGGUGCCUGCCUUUUCAGAGCGUACCUGUGCCACUGUCACCAUUGGAGGAAUAAACAUUGCUGAGGCUCUUGUCAGCAAAGGCCUAGCCACAGUGAUCAGAUACCGGCAGGAUGAUGACCAGAGAUCCUCACACUAUGACGAGCUGCUGGCCGCAGAGGCCAGAGCUAUUAAGAAUGGCAAAGGACUGCACAGCAAGAAGGAAGUGCCCAUCCACCGAGUUGCUGACAUUUCUGGGGACACCCAGAAAGCAAAGCAGUUCCUGCCCUUUCUUCAGCGGGCAGGCCGUUCUGAGGCUGUGGUGGAAUAUGUCUUCAGUGGCUCUCGCCUCAAGCUCUAUUUGCCUAAGGAGACCUGCCUCAUCACCUUCCUGCUGGCAGGCAUUGAAUGUCCCAGAGGAGCACGAAACCUCCCAGGCUUGGUGCAGGAAGGAGAGCCAUUCAGUGAGGAAGCCACACUUUUCACCAAGGAACUAGUGCUGCAGCGAGAGGUGGAAGUAGAAGUCGAGAGCAUGGAUAAGGCUGGCAACUUCAUCGGCUGGCUGCACAUGGACGGGGCUAACCUGUCUGUCCUGCUGGUGGAGCAAGCGCUUUCCAAGGUCCACUUCACUGCAGAGCGCAGUGCCUACUACAAGCCCCUCCUGUCUGCUGAGGAGGCCGCCAAGCAGAGGAAAGAGAAGGUCUGGGCCCACUAUGAGGAGCAGCCUGUGGAGGAGCUACUGCCUGUGCUGGAGGAGAAGGAGCGCUCCGCCAGCUACAAGCCCGUGUUUGUGACUGAGAUCACAGACGACCUGCACUUCUACGUGCAAGACGUGGAGACUGGCACCCAGCUGGAAAAGCUGAUGGAGAACAUGCGCAAUGACAUCUCCAGCCACCCUCCUGUCGAGGGUUCCUAUGCCCCCCGCCGGGGCGAGUUCUGCAUUGCCAAAUUUGUAGAUGGAGAAUGGUACCGUGCUCGGGUAGAAAAGGUGGAGUCCCCUGCCAAAGUGCAUGUCUUCUACAUUGACUACGGCAAUAGAGAGAUCCUGCCAUCCACACGCCUGGGUACCCUACCACCUGCCUUCAGCACUCGCGUGUUGCCAGCUCAAGCCACAGAGUAUGCCUUUGCCUUCAUCCAGGUGCCCCAAGAUGAGGAUGCUCGCACAGAUGCUGUGGACAGUGUGGUGCGGGACAUUCAAAACACUCAGUGCCUGCUCAAUGUGGAGCACCUGAGUGCCAGCUGCCCCCACGUCACUCUGCAGUUCGCGGACUCCAAAGGCGACGUGGGGCUGGGCCUGGUGAAGGAGGGACUGGUCAUGGUGGAGGUGCGCAAGGAGAAGCAGUUCCAGAAAGUGAUCACAGAAUACCUGAAUGCCCAGGAGUCAGCCAAGAGUGCCAGGCUGAACCUGUGGCGCUAUGGAGACUUCCGAGCUGAUGAUGCCGAUGAGUUUGGCUACAGCCGCUAAGGAGAACUGUGCCUGGCCCCCAGCACCGCUGAUGCCAGACCCUUUCCCUCUGCCAGGAGGCCGUUUUCAGCUGCAGACCUGGUUGGGGAGCAUAGAUUGGGUCCAGCUUUGCUUCAGUGUACAGAAACCUCCUGUGGUGGGCAGCAUUGGAGCUGGGGUGGGGAGCCCGAGGCUUGCUGGAGCAGACCAUCACAGUGGUGCUGCCAUCCACAGUCUCUCCCGGAUGAUUUUGUGUUUUUAUUUGAGGGUUUGUGGGGCUUUUUUUAAUUGUCUUCAAAUCAGGAAAGAACAAUGAGAGACUUUGUCUUAGUGAAGGGGAUAAUCGUGACACCCAAGGCAGCUAUCAGCUGGCACCCACCUCUACCCCAGACCACCCUUCUUCCCAAACUCUGUCCACGUGUUGAUUAUGUGAUUUCUGAUACGUCCGUUCUCAAAUUCCAGUGUGUCCACAUCUGCCCCUCACCAGCCUGUUCUGUAUUUAAAGCUUUGAGACCCAAUAAAAUAGUACCUGCUGUCUGCAACCGUACUGUCA